GUAAGCUAUUAAUCUGUAGCUUUUAAAUUGAUGUGUUAUAAGCCUACAAGCGAAUGUUUCUUUUAGCAUAACCGAGGGAUUGAUAGAGACUGAGAAUUCUGUCAAAGUUUUGGUGAGUUUCAAUGUUAGGUACGAGAGAUUUACUCUUGUUCAUCCGGGUCGUUUAUGAAAUUUUGGAGGCUUUACACAAUUUAGUAAAAGACUUUAGCAAAAAUAUAUAUUUUAAAAAUAAUUUAAGAAUCUAUGUGUAUAUAUAUUAACUCUUGAAGUUUAAUAUUUCACUUACCUAUGCAAGGACUUGUUCAUGCUGUGGGAAGAAGUGAGCCUUAGAGACUAGACUUUAUGGAUUACACGACGUGAUCAAAUAUAAUUUUCAAAAAUACAUGAAGAAUAUACUUUUAUGCUUUGUCAACUCUUCAUCAUCUAAAUACCACCGAUCAACUUCUCUUUCUCUCCCUCUCGGUUUCACGUUAGCAAAGAUGGCAGAGAAACAGUUUGCCGAAGAAGCAGAUGUCAAGAUCAGAGCUGCUGCGGCGGCCUCGGAUCUUGAACAUAUGGCUGCUGAGUCAUCCGUGGUUCCAGACUUCGAGAGAGGUAGGUUCUACGACGUGUAUUCAGCCAGGAGGAACGAGCGGUUGAAGAGGAGGAAAGGAGGAGAAGAAGAAGAUGCUGUAGUCAAAGGAACUCUGUACAAUCUCGGAGUGGAUCCCAUGCCGACCAAGAGAAGAGGAACCUUUAAGAAGAAGAAGACGGUGGUUGAGUCAUCAACAACAACGCCGAGGUAUUCUCUGAGGAGCACAGUUACCAAAGAUAACAAGAAGCCUCUGAGUGUCGCUGUAAGUACUAUGAAAACUGUCAGUAGCACCAGGAGGGUUAUGAGUAUCUGAUCCUGCUCGACUUCUACUCUUUGCUUUUGCUUUUGUGUUGCUUUUGUGAUUCUGUUAGGAAAUCGAAGUUUGGGGUUUUGAUUUCCUUCUAUCUAAUAUUUGCAGUAUUGUUCUGCUGUCGGGAUGUCGACAUAAAUAAACCCAUGAAACUUGGUUUGUUUUGUUUAUUAUCUAUUAAUGUUGUUGUGUGUUUCAAGAUCAUAUAGGCUUUAACAUAGACACUGCCUCAUUUGAUUAUCAUCUUGAAGAAGUGACACAAACAUGUUAUUGUUUUGUUUUCUCAGUUACUCAUACAUUCUUAUCUAUUAAAUGCCUAUAUUAUUGCUUCAUUGACACAAACCUGUUUUGUUUUGUUAUUCUUAUUCCACAAAGAAUUUGAGUAACAUGUUCAUAGAAAAAUGGUAUCUAUGAGUAUGUACUGUCGCAUGAUGUUUAGAAACCCAAUCAUUGUUAGAUGAUUAUGUGUUUGGAACAGAAUCCUUGAGACUUACUGAAACCGAGUAGUGAACUAUUAUGUUACUGUCUUGCUUGUAUUGACAACUUGACCAGACUGAGUUUGUGUAGUGAGUCUCUGAUAGCGAAUUGAAUCCAAUAACAAUCAGUUUUGUAAAUUGACAAGAUCCAAAAACCAAUAGCCGCAUGACUCUUAUCAUCGGUUCCGUUCAAAAAAAUAUUGGUAAGUGUCAAUAUUUUUGUUUGUUUUUUGUAAGAACAUUUAAGUAAUCCUGGUACAACAAAACAAACAAAACACUGAAAAGAACAAACAUCACAAAGACGUAAUCAUCCUCAUUCACUUCAAGGUUCUUCAACUUUGAUUCCAACUCAUAAUCCUCUUCAUCUUCUUCAUCAGGAUCAUUCUCAUCCAAAUCUCCAAGUAACUCCGGCUUUUUCUUAAAUAUCUCUCUAACUUCUUCAACACCUUCCUCUGAUAUGAUAUUCCCAUCUAUGUUCAACAGCUUGAAAGCUUAUUUCUUCAUAACAACCCCAGCCAAGGCCACUGCUCCAUCUCUUCUUAUGUAAUUAUUGCUCAUAUCAAUAUACUGCAACUUCGAAUGAUCCUCUUCCACACUCUUUUCUAUCUGAAUACACCCCUCGUCUCUCAGCUAAUUCUCAGACGAAUUCAACUUGUUCAAAUCCUGGUUCGCUGCUACACACGCUGCGAUAGCUGAAGCUGCUUCAGAAGUUAUAUCAUUCCCCGCCAUCUCAAGAACUUCAACGGGCGAAGCAGACUCCUUGAGAGCGUCUGCUACGGCUAUAGUUAUGAAAGUGAAGUACCCUCAGCUUCUCCGUUGAAGGAAUCAGCUCUGAAACCGCUUGUGCAGCUUCUUUAGAGAUACCAUCGUUCAUCAAAUAGAGCUCUUCCAAAGAGCUCAGAGAAUUCAAGAGCGUGCCAAACGCUCUAACACCCUUCUCACCCAACGCAUUGUCUGAUAAGUUGAGAGACGAGAGAACAUUACCUUGCAGAGCGUUCGAGAAUAGAUUCAUAACAUCAAGAGCUUCAACCUUAAGCUGAUGUUUCAGAGAAGCUAAGAUAGGCUCAGCGACACGAGCAGCUCCUAAACCAAAACUCCUAUUGCUAAAACAUAUCUGUAAAUUUAUAUAGUGAUUUUGAUAUGUAAAAAUGAGUUAUAAACUUUGGUAUAA